AUGCACGCAUUAUACGUUAUUGGUCCACAUGGAAGUGCUGCAACAGCAGCCCUCCACCAUAUUCCUAAGCUCAUGGAUACCUGCACAAGUAAUUCAAAUGAUCCACAGCAGCAGAGACCAGGAUCCGUUGGAUCAUCCUCCGAAAAUGAUGGUAAUAAACCUGGAGAUGGUAAUAAUAAACCUAAAGAUGACAAUAAUCAACGUAAAGAUGACAAUAAUCAACGUAAAGAUGACAAUAAUCAACGUAAAGAUGAUCAUAAUCUGGUUUUGAUGCUAGCAUCAUCAGAGACAGCCUCAAGAACCACAAACACCAGUCACCCGAAAUCUGAUAAGUGUUCUGACCUGAAAUCAUACAAACGGCUGCAUAUUGUGCCUUCAUUUGAACAGCUUAUCAUCCCAUUUUUACGAAUGACGGUGAACAUUCCAUUUUCGCCUAAUUCUGAUUUUUACGAACUCUACGGUAUCGACAAAUCGUCAAAACUUCAUACAAAAUUCGAUUUUAAAGACGCAUAUACACUUUCUUAUCAUAUCGAUCAAGAGUAUGAAAUGCUAUUUGAUGAUGCUAUUCAUUCACAAAUGGACUGGUCAACAUUAUAUAGAGAUUUCGGGACGAAUACAUGGUCAAAUGACUUAAUAAUUACCAUAUUCCAAAUGGCGUCCGAUUCGCUUGAAAAAUAUGAUGUAUACCCCACACGCAUCGCUUUAUUACGUACUACGUCAGAGCGUACGGAUUUAAUAAAGAAAUUAAAAAAAUCAACUUAUAAUAUACUAGUACCAAUCAAAGAAUUCAAUAACGAGACAGAAUUAUUAGUUUGUACUCAAAUACAACGAUUUCCUUGUAAACCAUCAAACAUAGAGUUUUGGAAUAAAGACGAGUCCUCUUUCAAGCUAGCUUACGUAUUAUGGAUAAAUUUCACUCAUGGUAAACCUUUCACAAGUCCAUACUGUGAGCUGAAUAACUCCAUCGUUGUGUAUCGUACCGAUAAAUUACUAGAGGUAGGAAAACAGUGCAAACAAGCAUCAGCAGAUGACGUUUGGGGUUAUGUUAUUUUCCUAACCGUCAGUGAAGCUGCGAAGGAAAUAUGGAAUCCGAUAACUGUCAAUAAAUGGUGCGAUUUCUUGUAUGAUGCAUUACCCAAUAAUGAAAGCAUUGAGAAAUUUUCGGCAUUCCUAUCAAAACAUAAUUUAGUGGAGACAUUUAAAUCGGUGCUGGAAAACACUAGUCCAGGAAAACUGCGCAACAAUGAACAGUACGUUGUUAUCAAAAAAAGGGAAGCCUAUAAAAUACAAACGAUACUUUCAAAAGCAUGUCAACCGAGUAAGUUGCUUUUUGAAAGAUUUUUAAUACAUAGAGUUCUCAAUUAA